GUUUUUCCCCUUCCGGAAUCCUUAAUCUUGCCUUAGCGAGAACGGGAACGAAGUAACAGAAUCCAGCGAAUCGCCAUUUCGUCGCUCCUGGGGCAGUCAGAUUCAUGGUCUCCAUCGCGUGUGAUUGACGCGCCUUAGCCCGUGUAUCUGAUCAGGAUUCAGGAGUUGCUCAAUCCUCAAUCGAGAAUUGUGUCUCUCCCCCUCUCUCGGCUGGAACGAUGGGGAGCAUGGUGAGGAGUUGCAUGCAAUCGAUUCUGAAGUUGGUGAACUCCGUGAUCGGAAUGGUCGGGAUCGCCAUGAUUCUGUACUCCGUUUGGAUGAUUAGGGUUUGGACGAGGCACAUGUCUGAUUUCGAUCAUUCUUCUCAGCCCGCCCCUUGGUUUGUUUAUACUUUUCUUGGUCUUGGAGUCACUAUGUGUGUGAUCACAUGCUCUGGACAUGUAGCUGCAGAAACUGCAAAUGGCUGUUGCCUUUACCUGUAUAUGCUUUUCAUCUUUUUGCUUCUCAUUCUGGAAGCUGCAGUAACUGUUGAUGUUUUUCUGAAUCGUGACUGGGAAGAGGACUUUCCAGAGGAUCUUACUGGGAACCUUGAUCUCUUGAAAGAGUUUGUCAGGUCAAACUUUGAGAUGUGCAAAUGGAUAGGCCUGUCAAUUGUAUCUAUCCAGGGGCUAUGUAUCCUGUUGGCAAUGGUACUCAAAGCUCUUGGGCCGCGUCAAAACUAUGACAGUGACGAUGAAUUCUCCACAGACAGAGUUCCUCUGUUGAAAAAUGCUAUGGUCCCACCACCAUAUGUUGUUGCAGACCCUGCUUAUGGACCCAAAAGUGAUGGAUGGAGUAUAAGAAUCAACGAAAAGACAAGAAGGUGACCGAACAAAUUCAAAGAGGCGCCAGCUGUUGACCAAUGGAUGGGAAGUGUAAGAUGCUGCUCUUGGCCCAUGCCUGUUAAACUAAUUGGAAUUUCAUCGUGGGUUGACUCUCGUCCAGACUUUCAGAGUUUGUGCACUUCGUCAUGUGUACAUGUACAAUAAUGCAGAAAAUUCUGCAAAUGUGCACUGAAGAGAUAAAUAGCUAGAACACGAGAACUUUUUUUGUUAUUAUGCAAUGCUCCUGUAUUUAGAAUUGUAAUUAAACUCUAGUUCUUGUCUUUCAGCGCCUCUAGCCUAUAGCACCAGUCAACCUCAGUACGUGGUUCAGCAGCACGGAAGCAAUGCAGUUCGACAUGUAUCAUCACUACUAUCCUGGAGUAGGGCCACGGUUGCAUCGACUUUUGAUCUGCAAUUUUUUGGUGUAAGCGACGUUUAUAGAGUGAGGUUUGAUUAGAGCACUUGAAUUUAUCCUGAUGUUGGGUCUAGGUAUAAACAUAGUAUUCCCUGAUC